AACCCAAGCCACAGCGGCGUGACCGAGUCUGAUGCGACUGCUGAGCAAAGACCUGCGUCUCCAGGACGUCACCCUCAUGUAUCUGACUUUGCUGGCCACGCUGCUGGUCAUCCUGGUGGCUUCCUACCAGACGACCGGCGGGCACUCCGCACAAGCACUCCCCCCGCUGGCCUACCCACUGGCCUACCACGUCCCCCUGGAUCCCUCCGGGCAGCUGGAGCUAUCCUGGAACGUCAGCCGCGCACAGCAGGAGGUGUACAUGGAGCUGUGGGCCAAAGAGCCGAAGCGUGGGAUCCUUCUGGGGAUGUCUGACCGCGGGGAGCUGACCGACGCAGACCUGGUGCUGCUCUGGAACGACGGGGCCAGGUCCUACUUUGGGGAUGCCUGGAGUGACAGUCAGGGAGCGGUGACCUUGGACAGACAGCAGGACUAUCAGCUUCUGGAGGCCCACCACACACCUAAGGGCUUCUACCUGCUCUUCAAGCGGCCCUUCAGCACCUGUGACCCUCACGACUUCCUCAUCGAGGAGGGCACCGUGCACCUGAUCUACGCCACGCUGGAUCAACCAAUCAGCUCGCUGUCGCAGCUCAACCUGUCCCUGCUGCAGACUGGUGUGCAGAGGGUGCUGCUCCUGCGACCGGACACCCCCUCGCCCCCGCUGCCCGCCGACGGCCGCCAGCUGGACGUGCUGGCGCCAGAUGUCACCAUCCCCGGCCAGGAGACCACCUACUGGUGCCACGUGUUCGAGCUGCCCCGGGACAUGCCCAAGAACCACAUCGUCAUGUACGAGGCCGUGGUCACCCCGGGCAACGAGGCCAUCGUACACCACAUGGAGGUGUUUGAGUGCGCCCCUGACAUGGACCGCGUGCCCGCCUACAGUGGCUCCUGCGACUCCAAGAUGAAGCCGCCCGAACUUAACCUCUGCCGCCACGUGCUCGCCGCCUGGGCCCUCGGAGCCGAGCCAUUUUCCUACCCCACUGAUGCUGGCAUGCCCCUUGGAGGGAAAAGCUCUUCCAGGUUUCUGCGUCUGGAGGUGCACUAUCACAACCCCCUCCUCAUCUCAGGUCGGCGUGACUCCUCUGGCAUCCGUCUCCACUACACCCCGCGCUUGCGGCGUUUUGACGCGGGCAUCAUGGAGCUGGGCCUGGUCUACACCCCCAUCAUGGCCAUCCCACCGCGUCAGAGCACCUACCUACUCACCGGCUACUGCACAGCCAAGUGCACUCAGACGGCUCUGCCUCCAGGGGGAAUCUUCAUCUUCGCGUCCCAGCUGCACACACACCUGGCUGGGCGAGCGGUGCGGACGGUCCUGGUACGCGGGGGCCGGGAGGUGGAGAUGGUGCAAGAGGACAAACACUUCAGCACACACUACCAGAUAAUCCGGACAUUGGAGAAGAUGGUGAAUGUUUUGCCGGGUGAUGCCCUCAUAACAAAAUGCACGUACAACACAGAGGACAGAAACAAACCUACAGUGGGUGGCUUUGGCAUCGAGGAGGAGAUGUGUGUGAACUACGUCCACUACUACCCACGCACACAGCUGGAGCUGUGCAAGAGUCACGUGGACCCUGGAUACCUGCAGAAGUACUUCAGCCUCAUCAACAGGUUCCAUGGGGAUGAUACGUGCACCUGUGCCCAGCCCAACGUGAUGGAGCAGUACAACUCCCUGCACUGGGACGCCUUCAGCGCCGAGGUGCUGGACUCACUCUACACCACUUCCCCCAUCUCCAUGCACUGCAACCAGUCUACCGCAAAGCUUUUCCCUGGUGAUUGGGACAGACAGGAUCUGCCCCAGGUCACUAGCCGGCUCCAGAGGCCACUCUACCCCUGUGAGGUCGGGGGAAGCCCUGCCACGCCCCCCUCAGGCACCCCGAUGGAGGUGAAACCUGACCAGUGGUAACGCCCAGGAGUAGGACACCCUUCCUGGGGUCGGCAUGUACACAUCUCCCCCUCCCCCACUGCUCCUCUGGAGGUUCUGUCUCUGUCAGAGUCCAGUCCCUAAUAGGGAAUAUAACCUUGAGGUGGUAAAAAAUGUCUGAAACAGUCAAGAGUGUGUCCAAAUUUAAAAAGCAAUUGUCUUUAGAUAGUGUGAAUAAAUUGUGGUAUGCUG